GACAGCUCUCACAUAAGCUACAACUACAGUAUUCAUACCCAAAGCCAACAACAACAAAAUGAAGUACGCCGUUAUAUUUGCUCUCUUCCUUAUGGUUGCCGUCGCACACUGCAGUUCCUAUGGCAGCCGUAAUGAUGAACACGACCACCACGAUGACCAUGACGACCAUAAGUUAAAUCAACAUGACCAAAAGAAUGAUCAACACAAUGAACAUAAAGGCCAAGGCCAGGGUCAUGGCGACGAACACGGUCAUGUCGAUCAGCACGAUGAUCAUAAAGACAGCCACCAUAACAACCAACCUGGUCAUCACUAAGUGGCAACGGCUUAUUGACGCUCCUUCUCGAUGUGUACCGGAAUUCUGCAAAAGUUUUAAUCUAAAGUUUUGAGUUGGCUUUGUACAACAAUUUUUGGUGUUAACAAGAAAAGUAAAUAAAUAUUGAAAUGUUGUAACAA